AUGGCCACGCACAUUAGCACCAACCCAUUCAACUCCUCAGCUGUCCCUCUCUCACAGCCUGUAAAGCUCGCCGCAACGUCAAAAAAGUCGCGGCGAGAGAGGUUUAAUGCAGAUGCUGUUGCCGGCAGCGGAUUCGAUAAGCUGAAAAGGGGUUGUUACCCCAUGGAAGUAGCACUUAUUACGCAUAAAUAUGAUAAACUCACGAAAAAGCUCGACCCUCUCGAGGCUUAUGGAUCGCCAGAGAAAUCUCUGGAAGGUGACCAACCCCAGUUUGCUACUUGCCGAUCUCGGCUGCGUUCAGGCCUGGCAGCGUCACUUCACGUGGCGCAGUAUGCUUCAGACGAUGAUGGCAAUGGGAAAACUGCUUCAAGCGAUGUUGAUCAAUGUCUCAGGGCCUUGGAGGAGCUGGAUUCUUUGCUUUUGCACGCAACGAGGAAUGAACGAGCUCCGCCUCCUCAAAACCGUACCUUCAGUAGUGCUAGCAAAGGGAAGAUGGCGGCCGAUUCCUACAGGAACUCCUUAGAGAAUGCAGAUCUUGAUAUUUCGGACCCGGACCUGAAGCAAUUGGAAUCAAAACUGUAA